AUGGGCCUAUCCUUUGUUUUACGGAGUUUGGCAGUCUUCUAUCCUAUCUUCUUCAUCGCAGCGGCCACCCCAGAGAUCCACUGGGUCGACUGCAAAGACCAUGUUCCUCCUAGCGAUGUGUUCGAUCCUGCCGGUAUUGAUCUUGAGAACCUACCACCAACACUCAUGUGUGGUCGAAUCGCUGUGCCCAUGGACUAUUCUCAGCCACUGGAUGGCAGUAACAAUAUCACACUGGGGCUAGCGAUGCAUCGACCUUCCAAUCCAAAAGGAAUUAUUUUCUUCUCUCCAGGUGGUUCGGACAAUGCCGUGGUGCAUGCGUGGAACUUUGCACUUGGUAUCAACUCUCCAUUUACGCCCAACUUCUCCGGUCUAGGAGACCCAGCAUCGCAGGAUGAAUUCGAAGCUAGCAAAGCGGCGUCCGCUACUGCCAUACAGUCGUGGAUCGAAGCAAGCUCACCUCCUGGAAUCAUCAAAUAUGUUGGGACAAGGGAGGUAGUCGAAGAUUUCAACCAGAUUCGUGAGGCUCUUGGUUAUGAGAAAAUCCAUUAUUUGGGUGGCUCCUAG